CCAAUGUUUCCAGGGUCCUCCAGGUCCUCCUGGUCCAGAGGGAUUUCCAGGGGACAAGGGAUUUCCAGGACCCAGGGGCGCUAAAGGAACAAUGGGACUGCACCCUUUUCCCCCAUGUGAAAUCAUUGACUUUGUGCGCAGACACAGCCCUUGUUGGCAGGAAAAACCGGAAUGCCCAGUAUAUCCAACGGAACUAGUGUUUGCUUUGGACAUAUCCCAGGAUGUCACAUCCCAGUUAUUUGAAAGAAUGAGAGAGAUUGUAAUAUCAGUAGUGAAUGCCACCAAAAUUAGAGACAGCAACUGCCCAGUGGGAGCUAGAGUCGCUGUUGUGUCCUACAAUUCCAACACUCAUUAUCUGAUCCGCUUCUCCGAGUUCUACAACAAGAAUCAGCUCCUCAACAAACUUAAUAAUCUGGCUUAUGAGAGAUCCUCAAGCAAACGGGAUAUUGCGAGAGCGAUGGGAUUCGUUGCCAGGAAUGUUUUCAAGCGAACUCGCCAAGGUCCUAAUGUGAGAAAAGUAGCAGUGUUUUUCAGCAAUAGGCCGUCUGCAGAUGAAUUUUCUAUUAAUACGGCAGUUCUGGAGUACGCUGCAUUUGAUAUUGUUCCAGUAGUUAUCGCUUUUAAUGAUGACCCCCUCCUCAGUCAUUCUUUCACGAUGGACGAUACUGGAUUUUUCCAGGUAAUAAAUAUUAAUCAAGAGGAUGACUAUGAGCCAUUCUUAGAAACAUUUCGGCGCUGCACUCUUUGUUAUGACAAAUGUAAACCAGAUGAGUUUUGUAAACACCGCAGACCCCGAUCACCACCAGCAUAUGUGGAUGCUGCUUUCAUUUUGGAUAGCUCACAGAAAAUGAGUGGUGCCGAAUUUGAGAACGUGAAAAACUUCUUGAGCAGAGUACUUGAUAACUUUGACAUUUCCUCUGAGCCAGAGACUUCUUCCACAGGUGAUAGGGUGGCUGUGGUGAGCCAUGCUUCACCAGGUUUCAAACCCCACUUACAGAGGAGCCUUGUAAAGAAAGAGUUUGACUUUGUCACCUACAAGAAGAGACAGUUAAUGAAAAGACAUAUCCAAGAAUCUGUUCAACAGCUGAAUGGAGCAGCUGCUCUUGGCCAUGCCAUACAGUGGACAAUUGAUAAUGUUUUCUUAACUGCACCCCACUCCAGACAACACAAGGCUAUUAUUGUUAUAUCUGCUGGAGAAACAAGUCAGUGGGACAAAGACACAUUAAAGGAGGCAUCUCUGAGAGCCAAGUGCCAAGGAUAUGCUCUGUUUGUAAUUUCAUUAGGACAUGUAUAUAACGACAUGGAAUUGGAAGAGCUGGCUAGUAUUCCCCUGGAACAUCAUUUGAUUCAGCUGGGCAGAGUUCAUAAGCCUGAACUUGAAUACGUAGUGAGGUUUAUGAAACCAUUUGUGCAUCUCCUCAGGCGUAAGUUAUUAUAUUCCUGUAAGAAUAUGAAAGCCGACAUUAUUUUGUUGGUCGACAGCUCUGAGAGUAUCCGCCCUGUUGAUUUUCAGAAGAUGAAGGAUUUCAUGCAGCUGAUUGUGAACAGGUUUGAUAUUGAGGCUGAUAAAGUUCAGAUUGGGUUGUUGCAGUUCACUUCAGAGCCCCAAGAGGAGUUCCAGCUCAACCGAUACGGCAGCAAGGCUGACCUAAGGAGAGCCAUUUCGGGGAUCAGGCAGAUUAAAUCCGGAACGAUGACUGGGAAAGCCCUAACUUUUGCCUCCUCUUACUUUGAUGAACCCAAAGGAGGGCGACCCAGAGUAAAACAGUAUCUCAUAGUGAUAAAAGAUGGGGAGGCCCAAGAUAUUGUGAGAGAGUCUGCUGAGACCAUUAGGAACAAAGGUAUCACCAUCUAUGCCAUUGGUGUUCUCCACGCAAACAACUCCCAACCUGUGGACAUUGCUGGCAGUCAAGACAAAGUGUUCUUCGAGGAUAAUUUUGAUUCCCUUACCUUUCUGGAAAAAGAGAUUCUCUUUGAAAUUUGCAACCCGGGGGAUUGUAAGUGA